GAGACAGUUAUCUGCCCCUGGCAGUGAGCCGCCAAAUUUAAAUUUUGAUCGUUGGAAGAAAGAUUUUCAGCUCAGAAUCCUCUGGAUUUAAGAGAAACUGCAGACCCCAUUAUUCUUCUCACCGAUAAACCAUGUCCCAGUUCUUUUUCCCUUUGCUAAAACUCGAAGAGAUUCUGGAAAAUUGGGACUUUGUAAAGCGCAGCGACUAUGAGAAACCAGAAGCGAUUCGCUGGUUCAGGAUCUAUGCUCUCCUGUUUGAAUCAAUUACAGGGGUGAAACUGGACAGUGUUGAAGAAAAAGCCCUCCUCACUUUCAAUAAAAUCAUAGAUGUUGAACACCCUGAAAUAUAUGAUGAAGCUGGUCGUGUCAUUUGGUUCACCAUUGCUUUACAGAGGGCUUUCAUUGCCUGUGGUGUCCAUGAUUUCACUUUCAAAGACGUUAGGGAUCCACGUCCCAAAAGGCUUAUUGUGAUCAGCAGUGCAUGUAUCAACCUCCUCCGAUUCAAAUCAAGCCGUGAACCCCUCAUUCAAGAAAUUCUGGAGAACAUAGAAACCAAGAAGAUGCAAUACAAUGAAUUGAUCAAGAAUAAUGAAGAAUGUAGGAGAAAACUGGAAAUUGCCCGUCAGAUACAAGAAAAGAAGGAACCGGAAAAGGAAUCUUUGAUGAAGGAUUCAGAGGAAAUGAAAGAGAAACUAAGUGCGAUCCAGGCAGAGAGCGAGGAAAUAUUGGCUGCUAUAGCAGAACGAAAGGCCAAGAUUGCGGAAAUCAGAGCCUUGAAGGCUCAGACAAAUUGUGAAAGUGUGAAAUUGAAGCAAGACAAAGAGAAGUUGCAACAGAACAUUGUUCAGUCUCCUGAGAAGACAAAGGAAAAGAGGAAAUCGAUGAAGGAGAAGGUGGAGAAGAUGAAGGAAGAGAUCCAGAGGAAAGUGAGUACUUUGUCAAAUUACAGCAGCAAGCUGAGCAGUAUGACAAACUCUGAACACAUGCAAGAGCAGAUCUUACAUCUCCUGCAAACCAUGGAAGAGGAUAUGCAAAAACAUGAGAAGAUCAAGAAUGAAAUCAAAGCAUUUAUGGAGCUGAGUGUUGUGAAUUCCAUGAAGUUGAAGUCAUUCCAGUUAGAAGAGAGCGAAUUGGUUGAUGCCCAAGCCCUCAUCCAGGAGCGAUAUGAAAAUCUUCAGACUCAGAAGAGAGUUCGUUUGCGCGACCUUGACGCUCGUUCUUCGGCACAAGCUGAACAGAAUAAGAAUCUAAGAGAAGCGCUGCAGAAAGCCAUACAGAGGAAGGAGGAGAAGCUGAAAGAGCGGCAGCUGCUUCUGGGCACCUUGAAAGACUCUGCAUCUAACAGCACCAAGACAAUCAACACUGUCAUCAAGAAUUACUCGGACAUUUUGCAAGAGUUGGAUAAAUACCAUCUCCUUCUAAAGAAGAACUUGGUUGUGGAUUAAGGAGGUCAUUCUUAGUUUCCCGAUACCAACAUGUACCACCACUGCUAGUACGACUACUGCUGCUGCUACCACCCGUACCACCUGUUUCUGAAGAAGACCAAAUGAGCUGACCACUGCUACAAUCACAACACCACUACCACUAUAUCUACUACUACUACUACUACAUCAAAGAUAUCAUUUUGAAAUUGUAGAUAUUUCUUAAUAUGUGUGUGUGUAUAUAAUCAUCUUUCCAUGCUGGCAUGGGACAUAAAUGCUUAUGUGGGUGGAGAUACAUGUGUGUGUGUGUAUUUGGAUUGAUAUCCAAGAGUAGAAUAGUGUAAUUUUUUUUAUUAUAACACCAUCAUAAAUUACAUAAUUGUUACUUGUUCCACUAACGAUUGCUAGUAGAUUAUGCAGUAACCAUUCCAUGGAAAUGUUAGAUUUUCAGAAGAAAUCAGUCAUUCAGCCUGUUUUUAUUUACCAAUGUCAGUUAGUUGGCAGUGAAUAGAAUUUAAGAGAGUGAACUUUUGACAGAAGAUUAUUUUUUAUUUUAUCAGUGAAAAAAUGAGAGAAAGAAGUAAGGAGGAGUGUUGUAAGUCAAGAUGUCUUAGGAGUAAAAGAAAGCCAAGUCCCUAAGCUGUCAUAGUUAACAAUGAUAAAUGGUUUAGAUCAGUGAUUCUUGACCCUUUUUUUAACUUAAUGCCAUUAAAUGUAGUAAACGUAGUUUUAUAAUU